AUGGGUCGAAGAGCUAAAAGAAAACAAGGAGAGCCCGAGCCGCUUUUAAUUAAACCAAAAGUGGAUUCGCGGACGCCAAAAUCUUCUGAAGAAAAAAUUUCAAAUGGCAAGAAAAGAAAGUUAGUUGAUAUAACGGCUGGCAAUCGAGAAACGGAAAGGAAUGCUUCAAAGAAAGUCAAGUCAGCUUCAAACGGAAAAAUUCUCGAGAAGGAAUCCAUGCAAAAACAAAAAAAAACGGUUACUGAACCUUCGAACACAUCUAAUUCAAAAAUAAGGAAGAAAGAGGUCAAGAACGUUUCUGAUCAAUCGACUUUUUCUGAUCACCUCGUGUUUAAUAAAAAUACAUCAAAUGAUACAUUUUAUUCAUUCUAUAACCUUGAAACGAUAGAUGAUGAGAAUUCAUUGCUCUCGGACUCAGAUUCAUCUCUGCCAAAAUUUAACGACGAAGAAGAAGAUGGUGAUGCUCUUCAACUUUUGGAUGAUGAUUCAGAUGAUGGUAAUUCGGAGCUUGACAUCGAAGAAAAAUCGCGCAUUUUGGAUGAGGAAAAAAAGAAGGAAGCUGAAUUAGCGGAUGCGGAACUCCAAACAAAUAUUGAACGGAUGGAAAAAUUUAAUUUACCAAAUAACCAAGAAGAAGAUGAGCAAAAUUUGGCUCCGGAUUUGCAAGUUAUCAACCAGCGCAUCCAAGAUAUCGUAGGUGUUCUUAAUAAUUUUAAGAAGCUCGGCGACGAAAAUCGUGGACGCUCAGCCUAUGUGGAGCAAUUGAUAAAAGAUAUGGCAGUUUAUUACGGUUAUUCCGAGUUUCUCUUAGAAAAACUUUUCCACUUGUUUUCAGUCUCUGAGGCUAUUGAAUUUUUUGAGGCCAGCGAAAUUUCUAGACCAGUUACGAUUCGUACCAAUACGUUGCGCACGCGUCGUCGGGAUCUAGCCCAAGCCCUUAUCAAUAGGGGAGUAAAUCUUGAGCCUAUUGGAAAAUGGACGAAAGUAGGGUUAACCAUAUUUGAUUCUUCAAUACCGAUAGGUGCUACUCCAGAGUACCUUGCUGGGCAUUAUAUGUUACAAUCUGCAUCCUCAUUUUUACCUAUUAUGGCUUUAGCUCCACGAGAGAAUGAAAAAAUUCUAGAUAUGGCAUCUGCACCUGGUGGAAAGACCACCUAUAUAGCUGCACUAAUGAAAAAUACGGGAAUCAUAUUUGCUAAUGAUGCUAGUAAAGAACGAACUAAAGGUCUCAUAUCGAAUAUACAUAGAUUAGGUGUUAAAAAUGUAGUUGUAAGUAAUUAUGAUGGUCGUUUAUUUCCAUCUGUUACCGGAGGUUUUGAUCGAGUCUUGUUGGAUGCCCCCUGUAGCGGCACUGGUAUUAUUUCCAAGGAUCCUGCUGUCAAGAUUAAUAAGACCGAGAAAGAUUUCAUGGUGUUACCUCACCUACAGAAAGAACUUAUUUUAGCAGCGAUUGAUUCUGUGGACGCUAGAUCAUCAACUGGGGGAUAUAUUGUAUAUUCCACAUGUUCUGUGACCGUAGAUGAAAAUGAAGAAGUAGUAAAUUAUGCUCUUAAGAAGCGUCCUAAUGUAAAAUUGGUGUCAACGGGAUUGGACUUUGGGCAGGAAGGAUUUACAAAAUACCGAGGAAAGGUUUUUCAUCCCUCGUUGAAAUUGACGAAAAGAUAUUAUCCACAUGUGCACAACAUGGACGGAUUUUUUGUUUCAAAAUUCAAAAAAUUUUCAAACACUUUUGCACAGAACAACGAUGAUGAUAAACAAAAAACCGAACUAAAAAAAGAAGAAAAUAAUUAA